AUGGCAAAGAUCCUGGGCAUCGACCUCGGUACCACCAACUCGGUGGCAGCGGUUAUCGAUGCUGGCGAGGCUACCGUAGUCGAAAACGCUGAAGGUAACCGCAUCACUCCAUCGGUAGUAGCCGUAAACGUCCGCAGCGGCGAGCGAUACGUCGGUCAAAUCGCAAAGCGCCAGGCAGUUACCAACCCGGAGAACACUAUUUUCUCCGUCAAACGCCUGAUGGGGCGCAGAUACGACGAGCCGAUCGUCCAGGACGCCGCCAAACGCUUGCCGUAUCAGGUGGUCAGUGGCGAUAACGGCGACGCCCACGUGGAAAUGUCGGGUCAGUCGUACGCGCCUCCCCAAAUCUCCAGCAUGAUUCUGCAGAAGAUCAGGCAGGACGCCGAAGCCAAGCUUGGAGAGCGGAUCACGCAAGCCGUCAUUACCGUACCCGCCUACUUCAACGACUCCCAGCGGCAGGCCACCAAAGACGCCGGCACCAUCGCCGGACUGGACGUUUUGCGGAUCAUCAACGAACCCACGGCCUCGUCGUUGGCUUACGGCAUUGACAAACAGCAAACCGAUUCCACCGUGGCGGUUUUCGACCUCGGCGGUGGAACCUUUGACAUUACCAUUCUGGAGCUGGGCGACGGCGUUUUCGAGGUGUUGUCCACCAAUGGCGACACCUUCCUCGGAGGCGACGAUUUCGACGAUGCCAUCCUGAACUGGCUGGUUAACGAAUUUCGCGGCGAAACCGGCAUCGACCUGACCCAGGACCGCAUGGCGUUGCAACGGUUGCGCGAUGCGGCCGAGAGGGCGAAGAUCGAGCUAUCCAGUACGUUGGAAACGGAGAUAAACCUGCCGUUUAUCACCGCCGACGCCAGCGGGCCCCAGCACCUGGUAAAAAGCCUCAGCCGCUCCCGUUUGGAACAGCUGGUUGGCGACCUUAUUGACCGUACCGAGGGCCCAUGCCGCCAGGCGAUCAGCGACGCCGGCAUCGGCGCCGGCAGCAUUGAUGACGUGAUCCUCGUUGGCGGCAUGAGCCGAAUGCCAUCCGUCCAGGCCAAGGUUCAGCAGAUCUUCGGACGGGAGCCGUCCCGCUCUGUGAACCCUGACGAAGCCGUGGCCCUGGGCGCCGCGAUUCAGGCCGGAGUCCUGGCUGGAGAGGUUGGCGACAUCGUUUUGCUGGAUGUAACGCCACUCACCCUGGGUAUCGAAACCCUGGGCGGCGUAACUACCGCGCUGAUCCCGCGCAACACCACCAUUCCAACCAAGAAAACCGAGACGUUCACCACCGCGUCGGACUCGCAACCCAGUGUGGAUAUCCACGUUUUGCAGGGCGAACGGCCGAUGUCCAACGACAACAAAACCAUCGGCCGGUUCAUGCUGGACGGAAUCCUGCCGGCCCCUCGCGGAAUGCCCCAGAUCGACGUAACUUUCGACAUCGACUCCAACGGCAUACUGAGCGUAUCGGCUCAGGACAAGGGCACCGGCAAAGAACAGCGUAUCGUUAUCCAGACCAGCAGCGGUUUGUCGCAGGAAGACAUCGAGCGCAUGAUGUCGGACGCCGAGGCCAAUGAAGCAGCCGACCGGGAACGUCGCGCGGGGGUGGAAACUCGUAACCAGGCCGACAGCCUGGCCUAUUCCGCCGAGCGUCUCCUGACUGAGCACGCCGAAACACUGCCCGCCGACCUCAAGGCCGAAGCAGAUGCCAAGCUGGAAUCGCUACGCACUGCCAUCGCAGCAAACAACGUAGCUCAAAUGCAAACCGCCAUCAAUGAACUGAACGAAGCCCUGCAACGGGUAGGCCAGGCCGUAUACACCCAGCCGGGAGCCGGCGGUCCAGGUGAUGCCGGAGGCGCUGGCGACGCUCCUCCCGGAUCCGAUGACACCGUCGAAGGUGAGUUCCGAGAAGUCUAA